AUGGAUGAUUCUUCUACUUGCCCCUUCUGUUUUGUAUCGCUUCCAUCUUCCCAACUCCAAUGGCACGCCAAUACCCACUUCGAAGACGAUGACUCUCGUUCCCCUCCGAGUAAAAAAGCAGUUAGUGGUGACUUACAUUUUGAUACAACUUUUGGAGAUAGUAAUAAUUGGUGUGGUGGCGGGAUUGGUAGAGACAACGGGGUAUGGACGAUGGAGGAAGAGAUCUCUCACUUUGUUGAUUUACAGAUAAAGGGUGAGUUUCACAAUGUUAAUGGCGGUUUGAUGAACUUAUUGAGAAACUGUUUGGAAUCUGAAGGUGGAAACUCAAAAAGCAUUUUGUCAGUUAAUGUUGAUCAUUUCCAAAGCCUUCAGUCGGAGGAUGUUGGAUGGGGUUGCGGUUGGCGUAACAUUCAAAUGCUUAGCUCACAUUUAUUGGCACAAAAGCGAGAAGCGAAAGAUGUGUUGUUUGGUUGUUCAGGAUUUGUUCCUGAUAUCCCAUCUCUCCAAAGAUGGCUUGAGAUUGCUUGGGAAAGAGGUUUUGAUGAACCUGGCUCACACCAUUUCAAUAAUUCUAUCUAUGGUUCUAAAAGAUGGAUAGGAGCUACCGAAUGUGCUGCACUCUUGCGUUCUUUUGGUCUCCGAGCAAGGGUGAUUGACUUUGGUCCUAAGGAAUCUGAAUCUCUUUAUCUAUCUGUCCCUGGUUCAAGUGUUGGUGAACCGGAGCUAGUGAGAAUUGACAAUGGAAGGAAGAGGAAAGCACCUAAUUUUCAUGGACCAAUGGAUAGAUAUCUGUCUCGUGGUGGUGGUGGUGUUGGUGGUGUUUCUCAAGCAAGUUGUGGCACAAAUGCAAAGUCUUGCUCUUCUCUUAAUGUCACUAUUGAUAAAGAAAGUGGUGGCAAAUGUAUGGUAAAAGGUUCUGCAAAUCAAAGUAAAGCACAUCAAGUUCUAAUGGACUUUGUGUGGAAUUAUUUUUCUGAUAAAAACUCAAUUCAUUUUGGCUAUAGGCGUGUUGUUUUCAGCGAGAAAACGCCCUUGUACUUUCAACAUGAUGGACACUCAAGAACAAUAGUUGGAAUCCAAGUCAAAUAUCAGCGAAAUGGAAAUCCGCAUUAUAAUCUCCUAGUUCUUGAUCCUGGUCAUAGAACGGAGGUUAUAGAAAGAUCACUAAGGGAGAAAGUUGGAUGGCAGAGAUUCAUAAAAAGAGGAGUGCACACACUUACGAAGCAACAAUACCAGUUGUGUUAUGUUGAUCCUGGAAUUGCCACUGAAGAGGAGAUGAAAAAACUCAAAACAAUGGAUAGUGUCUUCAUUCAACUUUAA